AUGAAUCUUAUUCAUGAGAUUGGACUAAUGAAAACUGUAACUCAACUCUCUAAGUGUUAUGAAGUCCUGGUGAAGGAGUUCAUUGUGAAUCUACAUGAAGACUAUGGCAAUAAGGAAACUGAGGAGUAUUUAAAAGUGUUUGUCAGAGGAAAAUGUAUUAACUUCUCACCCACUGUGAUCAACAAAUUUCUGGAAAGGUCAAAUGAAGCUCAUCCCGAGAUGGAAGUGUCUGAUAAUCAAAUGUGCAAAGAGAUUACUGCUGGCCAAGUGAAGACAUGGCCUGUCAAAGGGAAGUUGACUGUGAGCAAACUAAGUGUGAAGUAUGUUGUACUUCAAAGGAUUGGAGCUGCCAACUGGGUACCAACUCAAGACAAGUCUACAAUCUCUACUCUCCUAGGUAAAUUCAUCUUUGCCAUUGGUACUAAGUCCAAAACUGAUUAUGGUACUUAUAUUUUUAAGCAAACCUUAAAGCAUGCUGGUAGCUAUAGUGUCAAAGGCCCCAUUGCCUCCCCUUCUCUUAUUUGUGGGAUCAUCUUAAACCAAUUUCUUAACAUUUUAACUGACAAAGAUUCUGUGUGCAAAAGAGAAAGUCCAUUAAUUUUUCAUCAUAAGCUCUUCCAAGGAACUCAUGUUCUUGAUGUUAACACAACUUCUGCUGGACCAUCAAAAGAGAGCACAGUUAUGAGUAAAACUGCCAUGAUUGCUAUGCUCCGAGAGAUUGAAAAUGCUAAAUCUGCAGAUACUGCUGAGGAGGAGCAGGGUGAAGAUGAUGAUGGUUCAGACAGUGAGAUUGAGAAAGAAGCCAGUCCUAAAGAUGGCACUGAUAACAUUGUAGAUCUCAGUAGCUCUGAGUCUGAAGACUAA